CUCCUCGAGUUCGCAUACCUUAGCAUUUGCCUCUCAAGCCACAUCGCGGGCAAAUAUUAAACAUCCAGGCAAAGAGACCUGAUUGAAUCUGACCCUGCUGUCCUUAGUCGACCACGCGUCUCCGUUCUCUUCCACAUCUAUCACUUUUGUCCGCACCCCCCUUCCGACGACAGUCGCAUCAAAAUGGCCGAACCCCUCCCCUCCUCCUUCGAGGAUCACCCUCAGUUCCAAGAGGAAACUUCGCUCCAAAAGUUUCGCAGACAUCUCAAGGAAGAGCCUCUGAUCCCGCUAGGAUGUGCCGCCACCUGCUACGCACUCUACCGGGCCUACCGAUCGAUGAAGGCCGGUGACUCCGUUGAGCUGAACCGGAUGUUCCGCGCUCGUAUCUACGCCCAAUUCUUCACCCUCGUCGCCGUCGUUGCCGGAGGCAUGUACUACAAGACUGAGCGUCAGCAACGGAAGGAGUUCGAGCAGGCGGUGGAGAUCCGCAAGGGCCAGGAGAAGCGCGACGCAUGGCUGCGUGAGCUGGAGAUUCGGGACAGGGAGGACAAGGACUGGCGGGAGCGUCACGCGGCUGUGGAGGCCGCCGCAAACGAGGCUGCGGCGAAGACUUCCAAGAAAGCCGCCCCCGAGCAGGAUGCUGCGCGGUCCGCUAUCGAGCCUUCUGAGGAGAGGUCCAUUGGCGUAUUAAGUGCCGUGAAGGAGUUGUUGUCGAGGCAGAAGUAAGGCGGACUAUUGAAAAAAAGAAGAAAAAAAAAACAGAAAAGAAGAACGUGUCGUGAUGUUCGCUCUUAUAUUUCUCAGUUGAUUCUCAUGUUGUCUGGUCUGGGU